AUGGGGAUGUACUCUCUGGCUAGCGAAUUGUCUACCUUCAAGAACCGAAGUGCAAUGAAGGUUAGAGUUAUUCAUACCUACCUGGUCAAGGAAAAGAAAGGUUCUUCUGACAUAAAGAGUCAAGAAUUGGUCUUACACGACCUAGAGGGCACUGUCAUUCAUGCAAGUAUACCAGCAAAGAUUGUUCCAAAGUUUAUCCACAGUUUUGUAGAAGGCAAAGUGUAUGGUGUCAAGAACUUUUACGUUGUUUCAAACUGGCAUACCUACAAGACUAGCAUGCACGAAUAUAUGCUGCAAUUCAAUCAUAAAACUAUUUUCAAAGAAUUGAGGUCAGAGAAUUUUCCUUGGUACAUGUACAGACUAAGGUCUUUCGAUAGUUUGAAAGGUAAUUCAGAAUUAAAUGAGAAAGAGCUCAUUGAUAUCAUUGGUCGGGUUGUUGAAGUUUAUGGACCUCAAGAAAAAAAUAUUGGUGGACAUAAUGCUAGGCUCAUAGACUUUGUGCUAGAGGAUGCCCAUGGUAAAAAGUUAACCUACACAUUUUGGGACGAACACGUUUCCAAGAUUGAGCAUUUAUAUGAAGCUCCUUCUAAGGAUCCUAUGGUGAGGUCAAAAUCUGCUCAUCUUAUGAUGGACAGUCUUAGAGACAUAGGAUAUCAAACACCGAUGAGAAGUAUAGCUUCCCUAUCAAGUUUUAGUUUUACAAACACUAUGGAUGAAUUCAGCAGUAAGUCUAUAGAACUAAUCACCAUAAAUGAGAUCUAUGACAAUGAUAAGUAUGGAGAUUUCUGGGUUGCUGCAAGGAUUUCGGGUAUUGUUAAUCCCACUGAUUGGUUUUAUAGCUCCUGUAGGAAGCCUGGAUGCAACAAAAAACUUAAAAUUUCUGAAGGAGUCAAUAAGUGUUUCAAGUGUCUUAAGAUUUGGGAAGAUGGGAUUUUAAGGUAUAAGAUUACACUGCGUGUUGUGGACAUGAAGGGUAAUGCUUCAUUUUUACUAUGGGAUAGGGAGUGCCUGGAGUUGAUAGGAAUUCCAGCAGCAGAGCUAUAUGAAAGGAGUAAUAAGACCAAUGAGCCAUUACAGCAGAUCACAUAUUUGGUAGGCAAGACUUUGCUGUUUCAGAUUACAGCAAAGAAAGAUCACACAUCCCACCGUAACACUCCAUUUCCUGUGCUCAGGAUAAACAAUGACCCACAGGUUCUGAAAGAACAUUGCAGUCAACUUCUGAAAUUGCAAGAUAAUGAAUGCAACUCUGACAUGCCUAUAAGUCUGGGUGAUGAUGAUUUUUUGGAGGGUUUUUUAAGUGAUGAAGCGGAAAGUCCCAUAGCAAUUUUGCCUCCUGUAGCUGUUGGUGAUGCAACUGAGGGACCUGUCAAGAGAUGCUUGCUAGAUCAAUUCUCAUCAACAUAG